AUGUUCGGAGCAAGCUUGGAUGCAGUUGCCGAUUGGAAAUACGAAUACGCCAGUACGGGGGGUACCGAUAAAUUACGCCCUCUGCAACGCCUGAUUGGCCCCCCACUUCGCACCGUGUAUUUUACAGAGUACGCGAUACGACGAACUACAUACAUCGACACAUUUACAAGCGGCUCUUGUUUUGUCGGCGUGAUUGUUACCCCGGCGUCAGUCAGCUCUGUUCAAGCAGCUGGGGCCGGUGACACUGCUGCUGUCUUCAAGAAUUUGGCAGUUUUGACAGGUAGGAAGGGUUGGACAGAAGUGGAUAGGAAGCUACGCAGCGUCGAACCAGACCGCCGCAUGGAAGGACCUGGAUCCUCCCUUGACGCUUGUGCAAUUUCGUGCUGAGCUGCAUGAAGCAAUUCCCAUACGCGGUGAUCCAUGGAUAUGGAGAGGAAAACCGUGGUGGGGGCUGAUGGGGCUUCGAAGUUCUAUUUCUAGAUUAUUUUGAAGCACAUCGCCACAUAUGAACAAUUCCCGACGGGCACAAUUUCGAUCGAAAUGGUAGGGCGCCAUCGGUAAGUGCAUGGGGCAACAACCAAUCUCGCUUCCCAGAAACUUGAAAGUUGAUACUUGUCGUAAUAAUGACAUAUCCUGGAGAAUAUCAAGAUCUGCA